CCCCUUCUCCAAAAUGGCGCUCUUCGCAUGAGUUUAUAUUCCGACUUCCGAGUCUUACCCAGCAAGCAAUCACAAGAGAGAUGGAGAAGGCGGAGGCCGAGCCAUCAGCCUCGGCAGAUUCAGCCAGGCCAUGGCAGUCCUACACCACCGUAUACACUAACGCCAAAGCAGGGAUGGAUGGGGUUGACAAGGAGAAAGUGCAGAGGACAGUUUAUGAGAUGAGCAAAGGGUCAAAGUAUUUUGAGAAUGAGGAGCGCAAGGAGGCUUUCAUCAGGCAGAAGAUCGACAACAUGCGUGCUCGGUGCGCAAAACUCUCUGCCUCUGACAUAUCUCAUUAUCAAAUGGUUGCUGAUAAAAGAAUUUUGGAGCUAGAAGCUACACGUGAUCUAUCAAGGAUUUGGCUACAUGUAGAUAUGGAUGCUUUCUAUGCUGCUGUUGAAACAUUAGAUAAUCCUUCAUUAAGGGGCAGACCAAUGGCAGUUGGUGGCAUGUCUAUGAUCUCCACCGCUAAUUACGAGGCCCGAAAAUUUGGGGUUCGUGCUGCAAUGCCUGGUUUCAUUGCACGUAAAUUAUGCCCAGAGUUGAUUUUUGUUCCCACAGACUUCAAGAAGUAUACUUAUUAUAGUGAUUUAACUAGAAAAGUUUUCCAGAAGUACGAUCCCAACUUCAUGGCAGCUAGUUUGGAUGAAGCCUACCUUGAUAUUACUGAGGUCUGCAAUGAGAGGGACCUUACUAGUGGAGAAAUUGCUGAAGAACUCAGAACAAGUGUUCAUGAAGUGACUGGUCUUACAUGCAGCGCCGGAGUGGCACCAAAUCGCUUACUUGCUAAGGUUUGCUCAGACAUAAACAAGCCAAAUGGACAGUUUGUUUUACCGAGUAAUCGGAUGGCGGUCAUGACUUUUAUUUCCUCACUUCCCAUACGAAAGAUUGGGGGCAUUGGUAAAGUGACUGAACAUAUUUUAAGUGGUGUUUUUGGAAUUAAUACAUGUGAGAAGAUGCUUCAAAAGGGUGGUUUCCUCUGUGCACUAUUUUCUCGUUCUUCUGCAGAUUUUUUCCUCUCUGUGGGACUGGGACUUGGGAAAACGGAUACACCUCAAGUUAGGUUCCGGAAAAGUAUAAGUAAUGAGAGGACAUUUUCAGCCACUGAUGACACUGCAUUGCUUUAUCAGAAAUUAGCUGAGCUUUCGGAGAUGCUAUCUAUUGAUAUGCAAAAAGGAGGACUUUCUGGAAGAACAUUGACUCUGAAACUGAAGACUGCAUCUUUUGAGGUUCGGAGUAGAGCUGUGACUAUGCAAAAAUAUAUUUGCUCAAGAGAGGAUAUUCUGAAUCAUGCUUUGAAGCUACUAAAUGCUGAGCUUCCUCUAUCUUUAAGAUUGAUUGGCCUGCGCAUGUCUCAUUUCAAUGAGGACAAGGAUGGUCAUCUAUCUGAUCCGACACAAAAGACUCUUGCUAACUUUAUUAUAUCAGGAGAUGCUUCUGGAAAGAAUGUGGGUGAACACAGUUUGUUGGGCUCAGAUACAAGUGAUAGCCACUUCAUGGUUGACCCAGAAAAUGAUCUUUCUAUUGACAACCAUGAGACAUGUCAUUAUGUUUCUGAAGACCCGUUGGACAGCAACCUAUUAUCAGAUCUUGAUCACUGUAAUUUUAAUUUGAGCAAUAAUUCUGGUAAAAUAGACAACAAUAACGAACUUCCCCUGAAUGGAUCUGUGGCUAAGGUGAAUGCCCCUAAUGUUGUAGGGUGUGCUCCAAAAUCCCAUCAAAUCGAAGUAUCACAUUUAGUAGAGGCAGAUUCUUUUUCUUUCUCUGAACAGUGUGAGUCAAACAGGCCAGACAGAGUGACAAGGACCAACAAUGAUUUGGAUGAUGGAGUUCCUUCUUCAAAUCAGAAAGAGCAAUUUUUGUGGGUGAAUGACUACAAAUGUUCACUAUGUGGGAUUGAAUUACCUCCUAAUUUUGUUGAGGAAAGGCAAGAACAUUUUGAUUUUCAUCUUGCUGAGAAGUUGCAGAAAGAGGAAUCUGACAACUCAAGAAAUCUUAUGUUGAAUCAAAGGUUUUCCCAGAGAGACCACACUGCAAGCCAAAGAAGACAUAAGAGGCCCAAGUCUUCGAAGAAAGAAGGCAGCAAGUCAUCUAAAAAAGAAAGCAAACAUAUUCCUAUUGAUAUGUUCUUUGUGAAAAGUAACCAGAACUUCUAGCUUUGUAUUUAUUUGAUAUACUACUGUAUGUAAUUAAUCUCAGCUCUGUACAAUAUUCAAAAACUUUGCCAGCAUAUUAACUUGCAUAAUGAUAAUAAAAUAAAAGUUUUUUAA